CAGUGCUGAAGGUUCGGCGAAGGACUGUACUUGCUGGCUGCACGGCCCAUCAGACCUCCUUUCUGCUCCUUUGCCGGUGACAAUGGCGCCUCCUGCUGCACUCAGCCAGGUGUGAAAUGUGCCAUUCUUACCGUGGUCGCUCACCUACACUCUCUGUCGCUCUCUUCUCGUCCAUUGCAGGCUCCCCAGGUGCCAGGUGCCGUCCUUGACCACAUUGAGGAGCCCCUCUUCGGCAUCAGCCACAUCGGCACUGACGUGGUAAGGAUGAAGGAAAGCACGCACAAACACACACACACACCCCGAUCUGUUGCUUCUCUGAUUGUGGUCGCUUCGUGUGUCACUCACUGCAUUGAUUGCAGCGCAAUGUGUGGUACCCGAUUGCAAUUGAGCAUGAGAUACCCCGGAAGAGCGCCACCUCCCGCGCCAUGGGCACACGGCUGCUGGGCGAACCAAUUGCACUCUAUCGCGACGAGACCAACACCGUCCGCUGCCUGGCUGACAGAUGCCCACACAAGAACGGUGCGCGAGACGGGCAGACGAACACACAUACACAUACACUUUCUCCCCUUCUCUCGCCUCAGCGAAGCUGUCUGUGGGUCGUGUACUGGAUGGCAAGAUGGAGUGCUUCUACCAUGGCUGGCAGUUCGACGGCAAGACGGGCGAGGUCUCCCACAUCCCCUUCCUGCUGCCCGACAAGCAAACCCCUCCUCAAGCCAAGACCAAGUCCUACCCCUGCGUUGAGAAGCACCAUCUCAUUUGGGUGUGGCCAGGUGUGCACGACGAUUCAGCGCCUGCACACCCACACCCACCCACCCCAGCCACGCACACACACCGAUAGACAUUGCCACAGCCACGUGCGCAUUGUGUUGUGUUGUGCUGCGUGUGUCUGUAUGUCUGUGUGUGCAGGUGAUGUUGAUAAGGCUGACGAGAGUCUCAUCCCGUGCUACCCCGAGUGGCUGGACAAGCGGCUGUGUUUCUGGGGGCAGACGACAGAGAUGCCCAUCGAUCACUCACUGUGGUGCGAGAAUCUCAUGGACAUCGCUCACACGCCAUUCGCACACGACGGCCAGUUCUCCAGGUGACUGACUGCACAAACCACACCACACCACCGCCUUGACGGACGAGAAUACGUCUUCUGUGUUGUCUUGUGUGUUGUCUUGUGUGUCGUGCAUGUAUCAGUCGGCAGGACGGCAAGCCUCUCCGUUAUGAGACGAAGGCCACCAAGACAGGACUUUUCGUAAGCGAGGGAGGCGUCAAGACAGCAAAGAGAGAAGGAAUCCAAUGCAAUGCAGCACAAACGACACGCUGCACUCGUUUGCUCGUUUCAGGUUGACCCCCAGUGGGCCGCCGAGAUGAGAAAGGAUUAUCCGCUGAAGCAAACAAUGGAGUGGAUCGCACCCUGCACCAAGUGAGUAGCCAGUCUUUGCAGGUGGGAGAGCCGCACACAGACACGCACAAUGGCGAAGCGGUAUCGGUGUCUCUCUCUUGUUGUGUGCGUGUGUGUGUUCGGUCUGUCAGCAUUGUGCGGACCACGUCUAAGUCUGGUCGCAUGCUGAUGCUCUGCUUCUACUCCAUACCCAUGGGUAUGGCAACACUCCCCCUCCCCCUCUCCCCACACACACAAAGCAAUACAUGUGUUUUCCCUUGUUCAUCGUGUGUGUGUCUGUGUGUGUCCGUCUGUGUGCGGCUGCUCUGUCUGUCUGCAGCUCCUGGCAUGACUCGUCACAUCUUCACGAUGUACAAGGAUUGGGGCUAUCCUCUCACGUGGAUCAACAACCUCUUGGCCAAGACGCCACUCAACCACCUGGCGCAGCUGGCGAACCAAACCAUACCCUUCCAAGACAUGACUGCGGUGAGCGAGCGAGACACCACCACCUGCUUCUGUCUGGCGUAUCUAUCUGCUGUGUGUGUGUGGAUGUGUGUGUGUCUGUGGUGCGGCCAGAUCACGGGUAUCAUGCGCAAUAUCAAGGAAGGCGCCGGAUAUCUGUCGGUGCCCAUCCAGUGUGACGAGGUGGGCUGGGCAGACACGAACCAGUAGUGGACGACUGGACGGGUGGCUGCACACAUACAUCAUGUGCCUUUCUCCCGUGUGGUGUCUUCAGAUGGCGGUCAUGUACCGUCGUUGGCACGGCAAGGCCUUCCACAAGGACGUCUGGUGGAAGGGGUGAGCAAACCACGCACAACACACACACACACACACACACGAACGCGUAUCACAUGGUCGCUUCCCUCCCUCUCAGCUGGGCCGGCAAUCUCGACAUCGAGGACCUCACCGAGUCCGUCGGCCACUCGUGCUUCGGAGCUGACUCGUGCGGCCAGUACGAGCGGGACAUCACACACGACCCGAACAACGCCCAGCCAUACAUCGAGAGAUGGGCCAAGGUGCACCACAAACCCAACCCAUUCGCACCCACGUGGGCCGGCCAGGCCGCCCUCCUGCUGUCGGCCGGUGCUUUGGGGGCGCUGGGGGCUGUGGCAGCAACGCGCCUGGCCAAGACAGCGUAGCGUAGAGAUCUGUAGAUGGGUGUCGGCGGCUGGCCGUCUUGUUGAUGUGGGGUGGUGUGUGGGGUGGGGUCGGUUUUGAGUGCUGCUGUUGAUGGUCUGUGCAUGUGCCUUUCAUCCGCUUGGUUGAGAGAGAGGAGAGGUACCACCCACAAUUGAUUUCAUGUCGUCCUACACACACGGAGGGUGCGGGAUGCCCCUCCUGGCUUCAUGAUGGCUGGAUGGGCAACGGGUUGAAAGAUGGUGUAUACAUAGAUACUGCCUGGCUACCGGCUGAUCUGAUCAUUGUUCGUUCGUGUCCUCCUGGUGUCUAUCUUUUUGAACGAUGGGGCUAUUUGGGUACGUGAGCGAGAGGGCUGCGACUUUCCGUCUCGCCCCUUGUCGUGGCUUAUCGUCUUGUCUCUCCCGAAGGGAAGUCAGUCGACAGACAGACAGACAGACACGUGCAGAGGGCAGUCAUGCAAUGUAUUGUAUUUAUGUGUUCAUACUGUGUCGUGUCGAGCCACUGUGGCUGGCUGUGUGGCUUGUGUGGGAAUAUGUGGGUGAUCGUGUGGCAUUCAGCUGACGGCUGGCAUGCCUGCAGUGCUUGCAUGACUGAUUGUGACCAAUGCUGGAUGCGUUAAGACUUUGAAUGGUUCCAACCGUCCAUUUGCUCA